AAGCUAAUGUAUUUUUCUACUUAAACUUGUCGACAAAAUGUUAAUUACUCCAUAAUUACAAUAUAUGGUACAUUUUUUUUAAUAAAGAGCCAUUAAAAUAAUUGCUAAUAAAGAAUCGGCAGGCAUCUAAAAUAAUCUACGUCAUUUUAUUAACAAUGUCAGGUUUCUCUCUGACAAUGUAAACAAUCUUCUUGAUUUAAAUUCAAGUUGUGGAUAAUCGAUCAUUGGAAAUAAUCGAUCCAUAGUCCAGUCGAUCUGCAAAAAUCUCGAUUAGCCGAGCGUUAUCUCUACGUGAGGUUAGCUUGAUUCUAACCUAAAAUCAUUCAUUGAAAGCUUGCAACUGGAAUAACCGGUUGGAGACGCGGUGAUAAGUUUACGCGUAUCUCAAACAUAAAAAAGUAAAAGCUUGUAAUUAACGUGCAUGUACCAGCCAGGAAUCUAAUUUGAAAAUAUUGGCCUUUGUUUUUAUAUUAAACAGAAUGUCUGCUAAAUCAAGAAAGAGUUUGCCGUUAUGGCAACAGUGCGACAGGUGUCAAUGCGCUCUGGCGCAAAAGGAUGUUUCUCUACAUGAGGAGAAGUGCCCGCCUUCCACAGAAAAUUGGGACCAUCCUUUCAUCCACAACAGAGUUUUAUACAGCACGACAGAAGUCUUCCAAACACAAGAAUUACCCAAACGCAUUUCCGAGAGAGACGCUAAUGACAUGGUGUUUGUGUCGCAGUUCACUUUGCAACUGUGCGAGAUCGCGAUUGGAUCGCCAACCGUAGUGGCGACGAAGGACGAGGUGGUAGUCAAAACGGCCUGGCCGACUAACGACAAAAGUUUGACAAGUGUUUCUUUAACGAGGCACGCCAUUGAGCUGAAUAAUCUAUCAGGAUUGGUCAAAAUAUGUUCCCUGACAUCCGACGUUCAUAUCGCUAAGGAAAUUGUAAUUACUCAACAGGGAAAGCGCUCGGUGUCUGACGCAAGCGUGGAAUUGGACAAUAUCCUGAAAUAUUUUAACGAGCACAAGAUAUUCGCUGUGGGCAACAGGAUAAGCGUGCCAUAUUACGGAAAGAAGUUGGUAUAUAAAAUUGUUCAGAUCAAAGGAGAGGAAAGCAAGAAGAAGCAAAGCGAAGCGGUGGAUGUAAACGAGCUGUCAAAAGCUUUUGAGGAUAUAAAUUUAACAACUCCUUCUACAAAAGUGGCCUUUUACAAAGCGCUGUACACGACGAAAUGGACAAUCCUGGAUACUGCGGAUAAAAAUAAAGAAAAUGUCCCGAAGAAGAGGUAUAAAGUUGAAGAUAUAGGUGGAUACGACGAUCUUAUAUCCAAAAUACGAGACGUAGUUGCAAUAGACAUCGACAGAUACAGGAGCUUCGAGCACUUCAGUGUCAAAGGGAUAUUAUUGUACGGACCAUCUGGCGUUGGUAAAUCCAUGAUAGCCAACACUAUAGUCUCAGAAUGUAACGUUAACACGUACACCGUGCACAGUUCAGACAUUUAUAGCAAGUCUGUCGGUGAAACGGAAGGUAAGCUCAGAGAGGUGUUCAGCGAAGCGAUAUCGAGCGCUCCCAGUAUAAUACUGUUGGAGGAUGUGGACAGCCUGUGCCCCAGGAGAAGCAGCUCCAGCACGGAUCACGAGAAGAGAGUCCUCGCUCAAUUAGUAACGCUUUUCGACGAUCUGCAAAGCACCAGCAGCAACGUAUUGGUAGUGGCUACCACCGCAAAGUCGGAUCUCGUGGACAGUUCUCUGAGGAGACCUGGCAGAUUGGACAUGGAGUUCGAGAUUUACGUACCGACCCCAAACAUGCGUGCGGAUAUACUGGCGAAGUUACUGAAGAAGAUCCCCAAUACGCUUUCGCACGAGGACGUACAGAGCAUCUCGUCCGAUACUCACGGCUUCGUUGGCGCGGACCUGUACGGUUUGUGCUCCAAAGCGAUAAUCAGCGCGGUGAAACGCCAUCAGAAAGACAAGGCUACGUCCGACGAUGAACCGAAAGUGACGAUGACCGAUUUUCGUUAUGCUCUGACUACAACGAACCCUUCGGCUAUGAAGGAAGUUGUGAUAGAGGUACCAAAUGUUAGGUGGUCGGACAUCGGCGGACAAAAGAAGUUGAAGGAGAAAUUAAAACAAGCCGUCGACUGGCCGCUGAAUCAUCCCGAGGUGUUCGUAAGAUUAGGCAUUGAGCCUUGUAGAGGCGUCUUAAUGUUCGGACCGCCUGGAUGCUCGAAGACCAUGAUCGCGAAAGCUCUCGCUACCGAGAGCAAACUUAACUUUCUGAAUAUUAAGGGCCCGGAGCUAUUUUCGAAAUGGGUAGGCGAGUCCGAGAGGGCUGUAAGAGAAGUAUUUCGAAAAGCGAGACAGGUCGCACCGUCCAUCAUAUUUAUCGACGAGAUAGAUGCACUUGGUGGUGAAAGAGGUUCGUCUUCCGGUGGUAGUGGCAGCAACGUACAGGAACGAGUGUUAGCCCAAUUGCUGACCGAACUCGAUGGCGUUACCGCUUUAGGCAACGUCACGCUAGUAGCGGCUACUAAUCGACCGGACAAGAUUGACAGCGCGCUCCUUCGGCCUGGACGACUAGAUCAUAUCAUAUACGUGGGACUGCCGGAUGAGGAAACCAGACGAGAAAUAUUCAAUAUAAAAUUACGAAAUAUGCCGAUCGCAGAAGAAGUAAACAUCGCGGAUUUGGUCAGCCAGACGGGAGGUUACACCGGCGCAGAAAUUCAAGCGAUGUGCCACGAGGCCGGCAUGAAGGCGUUGCAGGAGGAUCUCAAAGCUAUUGUUGUUACCAAAGAACAUUUCAACGCCGCAUUAAGAACCAUCACUCCUAGAACGCCCAUUUCCCUGAUAAAGAUUUACGAGGACUUUAAAAAUAAAGCGUUAUGA